CGAGUCACUUCCGUUGACUUUGUUUAUCACGAGUCUUGCCAUUGUCUUGUUCACAAGCAAAACGGGAUCAAGCAAACAAUGCUUUCAUACUGUCCGAUUCAUUCUUAUCACCGAAUAACUAAUAUCUCCGACUGGCACAAAUCGGUUCGCUGAACUUUUUGAGUGAGCGCCAAUAUCUGCCCGCCAAGUAGUUUACGGAUCACGGAUACAGCACUGUAUUUGGUGUCGUCACCUCGGUCUGGGCUGGAACUUACCUUGUUUAGCUAUCUUGGCUUUCUUACAGUUUCUCGCAUUCAGGAUUUAUCGUGUAUCCGGUAACCGACUUUGCCGGUAUUCUCAACGGCAUCGUUAUCUCUGCCAUCAAUUGUGUGCCUCGAAUCCGGCUUGGUUGAACUGAUCGACAACAACUGUCAACAAAGCAGCGCGGCCCCUUUCACUGCCGAGUCGCCCUGCCUGUCUCGGUCUCUGCCUGUCUCUCGUCAUUGUCACUUUAUCGUUUCCGACAAUUGCAAGGGAGUCGUCUACCUAGCUCAAGCCAAGCGCCCCCUCGUUCCCCGUUCCCUGUCAGGCAAAGCGUCCAGCGACCGCGACACCACCAAAGAGAAGAGAAGUCCACUCUGUUGCACCGUCUCUCACUCCACACAGGCUCCACGCUCCAGCCGCUGGCCGCCAGGGCUCCUUGGCUGCUUUGUUUUGCUUCGCUUGUUCAUUCACUUGCUCACUGUCUCCCCAUUAGCUUGCCUUGGAGUACAGCGCUGCACCACGAAGCGAUUCACUGCUACUACGUACUGCAGACCCGCGUUCCUCAACUCUGCCCUGCCUGGUUGUCGCGUUGCAUUUGUAUCUGCUCUAUGUCUGAGCGUUUUAUCUGAGUGGACGAGACUCCGGGCCAUUCACUGCCCCACCCCCGGUCUUGCGGCCCCCGGCCUGGGCGAUCCAUCCUUAGCCAUCUUCCCAGCGAACUUGACGUCUUUCACUUUUGCUCCCGAGACCUGGCCACGCUACGGAUACCGACUACAUUCAUCCACAUCUCCAUUUCCAUCCACUUUCGCAUUCCUCAUUUUCAUACGCAUCCUUGAUCCGACAUCCUCAAAUAGUCGCAAAAUUCGCAUCGAAUCGCAUUGCUAGCGAACGAACCACUCGUUUACGCCGCUCCUCCUCUCGCGUUCUUCCCUUUUCUGCGUGGUGUGACCUCAGAUCACAUCCUUACCGCGCCAUCACCCUUCACCCAGUAUGUCGGCUCCAGCGGACUCCACCAUGAGUGGUGGUAAGGCUGCGCCAGUUGAAACUUCACGGCUCGAACAGCCUAACGAUGCGGUAGCCAUGGAAAACAUUGCCCAGCCCUCCGAGCAGGCGCCUGCCGAUCACGCCCCCGAAUCCGCCGAUAAGACAGUUACAACUGAACCAGCACCGUCUACUGCUGUGCCAGCUACAUCCGAGAACACCGAUAACUCAGCAGCCACUGCAGCAGCCUCAUCGAAGGGAAAGGAGAAGGAUACAGCUCCUCCUCCACCACCUACUAAGCAAGACUCGAAUCUGGGCAUCGGACCUGCUGUGGACGACAUCAGAGAAAUUUCAGGGGGUUCUUCCGACGGACCCGUUUGCAACAUUACCCUUCUCCUUACUUCAGGAAGCCGACAUCCGUACAAGAUUGAUGCCAAGUACUUGAGUCGGAGGAGCGUGGAUAUCCCAGACCAGACGGAGAGUGGCCUUCCGGAUCCCUUCAGUAUCAGCGUUUAUACCCUCAAGGAAUUAAUAUUGCGCGAAUGGCGAAGUGAUUGGGAAGCAAAACCAGCAAGUCCCAGCAGCAUUAGACUCAUUCAUUUCGGAAAGCUCCUAGAUGAUAAGGAGCAAUUGAAAAAAUAUCAACUUUCAACCGAGAGCCCCAAUGUUGUACAUAUGAGCAUUCGGCCGCAGGAUCUUGAUGAGGAAGAACCCAAGGCGGGAAAUAAGAACCUUUCAUCGAGCGGCGGUGAUGGCCAACGUUCGCGGGACAGCAAUUGCUGUAUCAUUUUAUAAGUGAAGGCCACUUUUUUGACUACAGGCAACUUCCAGACUGACUGCUCAACGCAUGCUCUCACGAGAAGAGCCAAGUCCAAAGACUCUCAUGCACUCAACGUUUUGAGUCGGCGGGGUCUUUUUAGCCACCAUAGUCUUCACUUUAGUUGAUGAGCAUUCGGGUGACACUCAUUCAUUCCUUAUAACUUUUCCUUGGUUUAUUGUAUGUAUUUAUCAGCAGAAGCGUAUGACGAUUCUGCUGUGUGGGAGACGGGGACACCGGAGUCUACAUUGGCGUAUCAUCGUGUAUUCUGAGUUAUGGGUUUGGUUGUAUUUUUGUUCUGUAAUCUUCUUUUUCUUCGGCAUAUUUGUCGACGCGUUAUCAAUCACAGCGCAUUCAUAGCAGUAUAGAAAGCAUUUAUGUUGCGAUUGCAUGGUCUCAUCUUCUCAGCAGAAGAACAGACGUUGGUUCUCUUGUUCGUUAACUUCCUUGAGCCUGUCUAAAGUGUUGUAAUUUAUGGUAUACAAGGAGAUGGCUAUGUCGUCGUUUCCUUUGAGACAGCCAGCCGGCUUGUUUACUGG